AAGCCAACAAAAGACGAAAGUUGUAUUUGAACCUGGAGAUUGGGUUUGGGUGCAUAUGCACAAGGAGCGAUUCCCUGCACAAAGGCGUUCUAAGUUGCAACCAAGAGGCGAUGGACCAUUUCAAGUGAUUGCGAGGAUUAAUGACAACGCAUACAAGUUGGAGCUUCCUGGUGAGUAUAAUGUUAGUGCUACUUUUAAUGUUUCUGAUCUUUCUCCUUUUGAUGUAAGUGACGAUUUGAGGACAAAUCCUUUUGAGGACAAAUCCUUUUGAGGACAAAUCCUUUUGAGGACAAAUCCUUUUGAGGAGACAGAAUUGCGAGAUUGACGCAAACUGUGUAAUUUAGCAUAAAUGACCUCAAUUAAGCUUCUCUUGAACCUGAAUGAUGUUUAUCAUGCCUUGAUAAUCAUCCAAGCUUUGAUUUGCUUGUUGUAUGUUGUUUUCAACCCAGAUCUGCUCAAUAAGGCCAUUUAAAGCUUCACACAUCUUCUUAGCUCUAGCUCGCGUGACUGGACCUCCUUGGGUGUGUAAUGGAUCACAUGACGUGGUAGAUAUGCUGUCGUCUUGAUUCCCAUCACUUACUAUGUAGGUUCAAGAGAAGCUUAGUUGAGGUCAUUUGCACAGAAUUACACAAUUUGCGUCAAAAUCGCACAAUUCUGCCGCAAUUUGUAGCAAACUGAUAUUUUGUGUUAUUUUAGGUUAUUUUUAGUGAUUUUCACGUUUUUUGUAUUAUUUUUGGGCUGAUCAUUCGCUUAUUUGAAGCCCAAUUCGUGGUUAUGAGGUUUAGGACUUAGGGUGUUAAUUUCCUAUUCUGAUUAGGAUUUGUUUUCUCUAUUUAAAAGGCUUGUAACCCUAAUGGGGAGGAAGCUAUUGAAUCUGA